GCGGCCACGUGACCCGCCCCGGGGAUAAAUGCACGGCGCGGUCGGGGCUCGGGACGUCGCCCUCCGACCCGCCUCCUCGCGCUCUAUCCGAGCCAUCGGAGCCAGCACCGCAGCCCGCACCGAGAGCCGCCGGACAGAUGGAGCAACCGCAGCCCGACAGCAUGCCCCAGGAUUUGUCUGAGGCCCUGAAGGAGGCCACCCAGGAGGUGCACACCCAGGCAGAGAAUGCCGAGUUCAUGAAGAACUUUCAGAGGGGCCAGGUGACCCGAGAAGGCUUUAAGCUGGUGACGGCCUCCCUGUACCACAUCUACGGGGCCCUGGAGGAGGAGAUUGAACACAACAAGGAGAACCCGGUGUUUGCCCCGCUCUACUUCCCAGAGGAGCUGCACCGCAGGGCCGCCCUGGAACAGGACUUGGCCUUCUGGUAUGGACCCCGCUGGCAGGAGAGCAUCCCCUACACGCAGGCCACGAGGCUCUACGUGCGGCGACUCCACGAGGUGGGGCGCAGGGAGCCCGAGCUGCUGGUGGCCCACGCCUACACCCGCUACCUGGGCGACCUGUCCGGGGGCCAGGUCCUCAAGAAGAUUGCCCAGAAGGCCCUGGACCUGCCCAGCUCCGGGGAGGGUCUGGCCUUCUUCACUUUCCCCAACAUCGCCAGCGCCACCAAGUUCAAACAACUCUACCGUGCCCGCAUGAACACCCUGGAGAUGACCCCUGAGGUCAGGCAGAGGGUCCUGGAAGAGGCCAAGACCGCGUUUCUGCUCAACAUUCAGCUGUUUGAGGAGUUGCAGGAGCUGCUGACCCGGGACGCCAAGGACCAGAGUCCCUCGCAAGCACCAGACCUUCACAGGCGGGCCGGCAGCAGGGUGCAAGGCUCUACACCCACGGAGACGUCCAGGGCCAAGCCCCAGCCCAGCAUCCUCUCCCAGGUGCCGCUCAUCCGAUGGAUCCUCACACUUAGCUUUCUGGUGGCAACGGUCGCUGUGGGGCUUUACGCCAUGUGAACGCGAGCAUGCUGGCUCCUGGGGGCCGUGAACUCUUCUGGAGAGGGGCGAUCUCUUGGCUGCCUUCCUUACUUGGGCCUGGGAGGGGAAGGGUAGAGGCCGUUGCAGCCCCUGCCCUCUCCCUGCGUCCCUCUUCCUCUGGGAAAAAGGAGCCUGUGGCAUCUUCCCCAACCAAAAGCAUAUCCAGCCAGUGACCUGAACUUCAGAGUGAGAUGAGGGUCCUGCCCGGCCCCUCAGCACCCUCCCUACCCUCCGUUCCUGCAGCAGAGCCCAGAAGAUGUAGCCAGAGGUGGCAGCUCCAAAUGCCUCGGAUCUGCGGUCUCCUUGUUGACAUGCUGUGACCACUUUCCCCGUGGGCCAUGGCGAUUUUUAUAUAAAUGUGCAGAGAUGUUUUGUCUUGUGUUUCCGUCGUUUGUGUUGGAGCCACGUUUUGUCCCCAGCUCAGCCUGGACUGUGGUAUUUUGUUGUGUUCUGUUCUGUUUUUAUAGCAGGGUUGGGGUGGGUUGUUGGGGGUGGGGGUUGGGGU